AUGUCAGUUCGUGAUGUGGAUUUUGGUGGCAUGGACUAUAGAGAAUUUGUGUUGUGGGUUUCAAAGCUCACAAGACGAAGCUGUGAGAACUUGUAUUAUUGUAGUACUCAUGAAAGAUUGGCAGAGGGUAUCAGAAGAAUCGACAAUGAUGCAGACUAUUUUGAGUUUAUUGAAGAUGGUUACAUGGAUAAGCAGGAGCUAAGUAUGAAUGUGUACAUCGACAACGAAAACGAACCCAUUCUUGACUGGGCCGAUAAGGAGUUGUUAACAGGUGAUAAGUUGUCUGAUGUAAUAGAAGAUGAUGAUACAGAGUCACAAAUUUCAGAUAUAAGGGAAUGUGAGCAUGAACCUGAUGAAGAGGUGCAUACAUUUGACAAAACAUAUGAUGAUGAAUUCUUGAACAAGUUGUGUGGUAAACCCAUUCUCAAUAGUAAUCAAGAAGAAGUAAAUGAUGCUGAUGAUGAUGAAGAUAGGAAUAAAGAUGAUGAGGUUGUGUUCCCUGUCUUUGAUGAGAAGCAAGAAUGGGAUAAAAUGGUCCCAGUUUUAGGUAUGAAGUUUGCCAACCCUCUUGAAUUAAAGCUUUAUGUAACCAACUAUGCUGUCAAGAAUGGAGGUCAGUUGCUUGCAGCCAUUGGGAGGGAUGCAAACAACCACAUAUAUCCUGUUGCAUGGGCUGUGGUUGAAGUAGAAAAUAAAGAAUCAUGGAAGUGGUUUCUUGAUCUUCUAAUUGAUGACAUUGGAAUGGGAGUUGGGCAUGGACUAACCAUAAUAUCAGACUAA